AUGAAGAAACGCGAUAUUGAAAAGGGGAAUGGAUCACCAUCCUUGGACAGUUUGAGUCAAUCCGAGCUGGACAAUGACUCUGCGAAUGCCGGAAUCGAGACCAAGCCGCAGCCACGAUACCGAAGAUGGCUCGCAAGCCUCAGGAACGUGGAGACACGAGGCAUCGAACGAGUGCCUCCCGAGGAGCGCGAGCAGGUAACCGCAUCGACAACAUUGCAUAUGAUGCUCAUGUGGUUUAGUAUGGCUUUGGCUACAAACAACAUCAUCGUUGGCUCGAUGGGAACGCUUGUGCUGGGCCUCAGAUUCAAGGACGCGGCGUUGUGUGCGGUUUUUGGAAAUCUGGUCGGAUCAUGUACCGUGGGAUACAUGAGCACUUGGGGACCGCGGAGUGGAAAUCGAACUCUGAUUGUAGCCCGGUACUUCAUGGGAUACUAUCCCAGUAAAGUCUGCUGCUUGCUCAAUGUCUUCACUAACCUGGGCUACUGCAUGGUGAACGGUGUUGUCGGAGGCCAAAUUCUCUCCAAGGUGUCUGGCGGGCAUCUCUCCGUCCUUGUUGGUAUUGCCAUUGUCGCAUUUAUCAGUUGGAUCAUGGCCAUGUUCGGAAUGCGCAUUUUCCAGAUCUAUGAACGAUUUGCCUGGCUCCCCCAAUUGAUGGUGCUGUGUAUUAUGCUGGGCUCCGCAGGGCCCCGUUUUGACUUCAACACCUAUGUCGAAAGUACUCCGCUGAUCCUGAACGCCAAGCGAGUUUCCUUCUUCUCAUUGUGUCUCUCUGUGGCCCUCUCAUGGGCCCCGCUCGCUGCCGAUUACUACGUUUACUACCCAGCGCAUGUCAAGCGCUGGCGCACCUUCGCCGUGACCGUCCUCGGCGGUGGGCAGGCGAUGGUGAUCACUCUCCUUCUUGGUGUUGGCAUGGGCACUGUGAUGGUCAGUUCACCCACAUACGCUGUGAAGUAUGGCACCAGCCCCGGCGGCCUGCUGAUGACGGCGUACGAUUCCCUCGGAGGAUUCGGCAAGUUCUGCGCCGUGAUCAAUGUGCUGGCACAGGUUGCGAACAACACCCCCGGCGUGUAUUCGAUGGGCAUGAACUUUCAGAUGCUCGGCGGGUUCUUUCAGAAAGUUCCACGGCCGGUCUUUACCACCAUCAGCACAAUCAUCUAUACGGCGUGCGCGAUGGGCGGCCGCAACUCAUUGUAUCAGAUCUUCAAGAGCUUCCUGCCACUGAUCGGAUACUGGGUGGUCAUCUGGAUUGCGAUUGUAGUGGAAGAAGACGUGCUGUUCCGCCGCAAGAGUGGUUAUGACUGGACUGCCUGGAACAACCCACAGAAGUUGCCCAAGGGGAUUGCGGCCGGUGUCAGUUUCCUGAUCGGAUGGGCUGGUGCGAUCCUCGGGAUGGACCAAGCGUACUAUUCCGGUGUUGUGGCCCAUCUGACCGGGGGAGCGGAUCUCGGACUGUGGAUGGGCGCUGGAUUUGCCGCGAUGGCGUAUCCGGGACUGCGAUUGCUCGAACUAUCCCUCGUGGGGCGCUAG